AUGGAGUUACCCAAGAGGCUAUUAGACUAUGUUUCAAAGGUUGUUCACGGUGAUGAGUUUGAAUACAAUGAUCCUGUGGAUGGUUCCAUUUCAUCACAUCAGGGCAUCCGAUAUUUGUUUGAGGAUGGAUCCCGAUUGAUCUUCCGUCUCUCUGGAACUGGAUCAGAAGGUGCAACUAUUCGACUAUACAUUGAGCAAUAUGAGAAGGAUCCAUCAAAGAUUGGGAGACUUUCACAUGAAGCACUUGCACCUCUUGUGGAGGCUCCAUUGAAACUUUCAAAGAUGGAGGAGUUCACCGGCCGAUCGGCCCCCACAGUCAUCACAUAA